AUGCGCGUCUGUUUCGGCACGUUGUGCUUCUCGUCUCGGCUGAAUAGAAAUUCCGCCGCCGACGAGGAAGCCGUCCACCGGCCGCCGCCGGUGCAGAGUUCGGUCAACGGAGGCUGUGCCAUUAACAAGAUGGCCGAUCUGGAAGAGUUACAGGCUCAGCUGGCUGAAAAAGACUCGACGAUAGCCGACCUGCGCCGCCGGCUUGCCGCCGUCGACCUUGAGCUGAUGCGCGAGCAGCGCGUGCGCGAGCUCCAACUGGCCCUCGACCGGCGCGACCGCGACCUGCUCAACCUGCGCUCGCAACUCGAUAAGUUUCAGAGCGUGUUCCGCGUGCACAACCCGGCCAGCCCCAAGAGGGCGGCCGUGGGGGCGGCGGGCGGGCGGCCGAGGAAGCAGCGGGCGGGCAUAUCGGCGGAGCCGCAGAGCGAGGCGACGCUGUUGGAGCUGAGCAAGCAGACGUUCGAGACAAUGAAAACACGGCAGCAGAAUAUGUUGAAUUAUCGCGAAGACAUUCAAUGUUCCAUUUAG